CAAUUACAGGGAUGGAUCUGGAAAUCUGUGGGUUCUUUCUGGAUAGACGGAAAAAGAUGCAUUCUACCUCCAUCCUCAUCCAUAAUUAUCUUGUGAUCUUGUAACCCACAGUGUAAGGGAAAAGGAACUUACUUGGGAUCAGGGUGCUGUUGAAAGAGAAAGCAGAAUGGAAAUGGCUAGCAACCAUUCAUUAACAGACGAUGAGUACUUACCACAAGUGAGUGACAGUUCGGCAACAGUUUUUAAAGUUUCAUCAACAAACAUUCAGAUGUCAACAACAGAAGAUGCAAGAAACCUGAAUGUGCUGAAUGUGGAUUUCCCAAGCACCAACACAACUGAAGAAACAGUAACUCCAGCCAGAAUGUGCUCAGAAGAAGAUGAAAAGCAACAUCAUGGCACAAUGCAAACAUUUUAUAAGCUGCUGGAGAUCUACUAUAAAAUCUUUGGUGGCAGAAUGGAUUCUGAUGAAAACGUAUCACAGUUUAAUAAUUGGCAGCAAAAUAUCAUACCUAAAAUGAAAGACAUAUUAAAAUAUUAUUGCACAAACAUAAAUAUAUGUAAAACAGAUUCUACUGAAGAUGGGAUGAGUGGUGUGCAGCAGAAAAGCACUGGUCAGUGCAAUGACAUGCUAGAAAAUGUUGAAAAAAUAUUUGAAGAUGAAUUUAACUCUGAAGAAAAGGAGCAAGAUGUUAGUUCUCAGGACCUGAUUACACUGUCUGACUUUAACGAGAUGCUAGGAAAAUGCUGCGACCAAAUGUAUGGAGAGACUUGUGAAAAUGAAUUAGAGAUUAGUGAGAAAGGGGCCUCAGAACGUCAGAAAGAGAAUGCUGCACUAAACGAUAUUGAAUCCACGACACAAAACACUGGUUCCAUUGGAAAUCGAGGUUUACAAGGGGAAAAAAUAAUGAUGUAAAAAAAGCUGCAUCCCUCCGGAAGAAGCACAAAGAUUCCAGAGUGAAUAACAGACCAAGUCGUAAACAACUGGAGACUUCUGUAAAAACAGACAAUAAAAAAGAAAUGGCCGCCUCCAUCAAGCAGAUUUAUGGUUCGAGGAGAAGGAGAAAAGCAGGAAGAAAUAAAGAUGAGCCUGAAGAGGACAUGUGUAAUACUUACAAACCAGGUGUGUUUACAUCAACCAAUGCAGUGCGUAACCUUACAUUAAAACUUCAUGUCCAGCAGGACAGGUCAAUGCAACUUUUGUUGCAAAUAACUGCAGAUGCUGGUUUAAAUCGAAGGUAGACACAAAAUGCUGGAGUAACUCAG